GUGAUCAUUAGUUUCUCUUAGUUCUCGUUCACUCUUCAUCGUGAAAGGUCAGAAUACCCGCGAGAGCACGUGCAAAGCUGAGAAUUUUGUGUUUUUGUAUCUGAAGAUCGCAAUGAAUUUAUAGAAGCAAAAUUUCAAUAUAAACAAAUGGACCAGUGUUUGUCGUUUUGCCAUUCGACGUGAUCAGAAGCAGAAGCCGCACUUGUAAAUGUGUUUUGUGUGUCCAAAAGGCGGCUGAGAAUAUCUGCAGAAAGAGUUGAAAGUUUAAUUACCAUUGUAUUGUGGUUGAUCGUUGAGUGGUGUGGCCACCAAAGUGCGAAACAAUUGAGUGGUGAUCGAGAUCGUGUUCUGGCCAACAAGGAAAAUUCCUCUUUUCUUUUCUUUUUUUUUUAAACAUUUCCCGCACGGAAGUUCAAACAUGAAUUGCAGUGGAAUAAAUAAAAUUUGGAAAAGUGAGUGAACUGUGCAAGAGAGAAUCCUUGUAAAUGAUUGCUAAUUGGGAAAUGCAUCAUACGUAUCAACGAUCCCUCACCGACGGUUGUACAAGUGGCUUUGCAAAUUCAUCUAUUGCCUCAAUGGACAGUGGAGUUAUGACCUCAAGCACUGAAUGCUUCUUUUCCAGUGACAAUUGGAUGGUCACAUCUUAUUCCAAUGGAUUAAAUCCCAUGAAACAGAUGGAAGCAUGCUUGCAGAGUGCUGGCAAAGAUAGAUCAUCGUACAAACCUCUUGAGCACAUUGAUCAUUCGCUGAGAUCGCCUGAAGAUCGCACGCGAACUAAUGGCACGGACUCCGAAUCGGUGACAGUGGAAGCUGCCGGUGAGUCUGGCCACAAAAAUGGGAGGAAUAAGAGGGAGGAGGAGAAUUCUAGUCAUCCACAUCCAGCCUUGAGUACAGCCGGAGUGAUGCUGGAGACAAAGCAGCUGUGGGACAAAUUUCACGAGCAAGGAACUGAGAUGAUUGUAACAAAAACGGGUAGAAGGAUGUUUCCAACCUUCCAGGUGAGGAUCUUCGGACUAGAUCCUCAAGCCACCUACAUUAUGCUAAUGGAUUUUGUACCAUGCGAUGACAAACGCUACAGAUACGCUUUCCACAGCUCAAGCUGGGUUGUAGCCGGAAAAGCAGAUCCCAUUUCACCGCCUAGAAUUCACGUUCAUCCUGAUUCUCCGGCUCCAGGAGCAGCAUGGAUGAAGCAAAUAGUAUCCUUCGAUAAGCUCAAACUAACAAAUAAUCAGCUGGAUGAGAAUGGACAUAUAAUUCUAAACUCAAUGCAUCGCUACCAGCCACGUUUUCAUAUUGUGUACCUCCCGCCAAAGGUCACGUCGACGCGCAUUGGUGUCGCCGCGACGGCUUCUGCUGAAGAGCAAAGUCACUACAGAACUUUCACAUUUCCCGAGACUGCAUUCACGGCCGUGACGGCGUAUCAGAACCAAAGAGUCACUCAACUGAAAAUUGUGAGCAAUCCCUUUGCAAAGGGCUUUCGAGAGAGUGAUUCAACGGAUGAAUCACAAGAAAUGAUCAAUGGUGUGCAUAUGUCGCAACAACAGCAACCAAAUUCAUCAAGAUCGCGAUCUUCAGCCUCUCGAUCAUCGAAUUCGGCAUCAAAUCCCAAAGCGACGGAUGAGGAGUCAUUUCCACACGCGACGCACCUUCAGGCGACGGCUUCUGAUCUCCAUCAGGGGGUCUCACCGUCGGCCAACAUCACACAACCCGGGAGAUUUUCCUCUCAGAGCCCACAGGCUGGUCUUCCAGCUACAUCACCUCUUGGGCAGCCAUAUGCUUCGGAAACUAGCUCAUUUGGGCCUCUCUAUCAUCACCACCACCAUCAUCAUCAUCACCUGGCAGCCAAUGGUUAUGCCAGUCCCUAUGACAAAUUUAAGCUAACACCGCCGGGAGCACCACCACCGCCAGCCGUUUCGGUUCCCUCCUACACAGGUGCUUACCAUCAGGGAUUCUACGCGCCCAUGAGACCAACGGGAUACAUUGACUUUGUACCAAGGUGAAACUGUUGGAAGAAAUGAGACGAACUGCCCCGUCAGGCAACUCACACGCGACAGAGACGAUGGAUUUGUGCGCUGUUUUAAUAAGCUGAUGUAACAAUAAUCUCAAUGUGCCAAAUAAACUUUCCUGCAAAUUAGACAAGUAA